AUGAACAAGUCUUUUCUGUUAAUAGCUUCCUACUUCUGCCUUGUUGUUCACCUCGGCACGGUGAUAGCACAGCGUAGCCAAGAUGAAUCUUCUCACCAGUACGUCCACUUAGCAGGGAAUGGCCGCAGCGUAAAGAAGGCCACCCUCGAUAAGGACAUACCUGAGGGGAGAAUAUUAACAAAAAAGCAGUCUUUUCUUCAACAUAACACUUUAGCAGUAGGAUCAUUAGCGGCAGGAUCAUUAGCGGCAGGAUCAUUAGCAGCAGGGUCACCCCCGCCACCAUGCGUGGGUGACGACGACUGCUUUUGUCAGAAUUUUUACGACUUGACUUUAAUUAUCGACGAAUCUGGAAGCAUAGGAAUUAAAAAUUGGGAAAAGCAUGUCAUCCCAUUUACAGAUAAAAUUAUAAAGGACUUACAUAUUGGCGAAAAUGAAGUCCACGCAGGAAUCUUGUUGUUUUCCAACUUCAUCAGAGACUACGUUACCUUUGAUGAAGACGAAAGCUAUAAGAAGGAUAAGCUUUUGAAAAAAGUGGACCAGCUAAAAAAAAAAUAUGCUGCUGGAGCUGGAACCAAGAUUGUCUCAGCUUUGGAUUACGCAUUGGAGAAGUACACUCACCAUAAGAAAGGGAGACCCAAUGCCCCCAAAGUGACCAUACUUUUUACUGACGGAAACGACACCUCCUCAAGCAGCUCUACAAAGCUCCUUGAUAUGGGAUUAACAUACAGAAAAAAAAACGUAAAAUUAUUAGUUCUCGGUGUUGCAGCAGCGAAAGAUGUUAAUUUAAGAGCAAUAGCUGGUUGUGGAGACAAGAAUGUCCCUUGCCCAUAUGCCAUGAAGGCGGAAUGGGAUACAAUAAAUGAUAUAACGAAAAAGUUAACGAACAAAAUAUGUCACACGGAGGAGGAAGACGAGGAGAUCACCACUACUACUACUCCUCCCCCCCCGCAGCAAAAUCCCUGCCAAGGAGAUGACUGUUUCUGUGAAGACUACUACGACUUAACGUUAAUCUUAGAUGAAUCCGGAAGCAUUACCCUGAACAAGUGGAAAAUUGACGUUGUCCCCUUUGCAGAAAAGGUAGUAAGUAAUUUAAACAUAAGCAAGGACAAAAUACACGUAGGCAUUAUGCGUUUUGCCAUUAAGGUAAAAGAAGAUGUUAGUUACGGACAGGAGACGAGAUACGACAAGAGUGCCUUAAUAAAUGUAGUUAAAGAAUUGAGAGACAAGUACGGGAGCGGACAAGGAACCCGCCUUGUGGAUGCCUUAGAACACUCGCUCACAAAUUUCACGAGACAUCCAAACAACAGGCCCAACGCACCUAAAGUGACCAUUCUAUUCACAGAUGGCAAUGAAAAUUACAGGCGACCCAGCGACGUACGCAAUAUAGGAUUGAAAUAUAGGAAGGAAAACGUGAGGCUCAUUGUGGUAGGGGUUUACAAAGCUACCAUAAAGAGUCUAAAAAUGUUGGCUGGCUGCGGCGAGAAUGAGCACUGCCCGCAGGUCAUCAAGUGCGACUGGGACCAGCUCACCAGCAUAACGGAGGUGAUCACGGAUAAGAUAUGCGACAUAGAUGCGGGGGAGCUCCCAGGCGGUGAGGAGAAGCCGGGCGGUGAGGAGAAGCCGGGUAGUUCGGAUAAGCCAGGCGGUGAGGAGAAACCGGGUAGUUCGGAAAAACCAGACGGUACGGAGAAACCAGGCGAUGCUGAUAAACCAAACGGUUCGGAUAAACCAAACGGUUCGGAUAAACCAAACGAGCAGCACCCCCCCUGCGCAGACUGGGACGACUGCUACUGCAAGCACUUCUACGACCUAACCCUAAUUUUGGACGAGUCGGCAAGCAUAGGCAAUUUCAGAUGGAGCCACGAAGUCGUUCCGUUUGCGACCGAAAUUGUAAAAUCGUUACACGUGGGCUACAGCGCAGUGCACGUAGGCCUCUUACUCUUUGCUGACUCAAGAAGAGACGUUGUGAGAUUUUCCGACGCAACCAGAUAUGACAAAUCGUUCCUCUUGCAGAAGAUAGAGAGCUUAAAGGGGGAUUACAGAAACGGGAAGAAAACCUUCAUUGUGCAAGCCCUGGUAUAUGCAUUAGCUAGCUAUACAAAAGGCUCAAGUAGAGUAAAUGCCCCCAAGGUAACGAUGCUCUUUACAGACGGUAAUGACUCCAGAGAGUCAGAUGAGAGAUUAUACCAGACUGGCUUGUUGUAUAGGCGAGAAAAGGUGAAGCUACUAGUGUUGGGCGUUUCGAUGGCUGAUGAGAACAAGCUACGGCUACUAGUAGGCUGCACGCGAAAUGCAAACUGCCCAUUUGUGAUUAAGGCCGAGUGGGGACAAUUGCCUAGUGUGUCGAACGAAUUCGUGAGGAGGAUAUGCAGCUCGGGUCCGAUAAUACCCCCCGAGGAUGGGAGCAGCUCACCACCACUACCACCACCUGAAGUGGCUAAUCCGACGGACCCAGAACCAGUUGUUCCUCCCCCCCAAUGCCAGGGAGACGAGUGCCUGUGUCAAAGCAUGUACGAUUUGACGUUAAUUCUGGACGAAUCAGCCAGCAUAGGACACUCGAACUGGAAAAAGCAAGUGUACCCCUUCGUGGAAAAGAUCGUAAGCAACCUAGAAGUUUCGGAGAGCAAGGUCCAUGUAGGAAUUAUGCUAUUCGCUAAACAUAUGAGAGAUUUUGUGAGGUUCUCCGAGAAGGAGAGUUACGAGAAGGACAGUUUAAUGAGGAAAGUCCCCGAGUUGAAAGGUACCUAUAAGGCUGGGUCACACACCUACAUAGUGGAGUCUCUAGAGUAUGGCUUGCAGCAUUAUACAAAGGGGGCAAGCAGCAGGGCAGAUGUCCCCAAGGUGACCAUCUUGUUUACAGACGGGAAUAACAGCAAGUCUGGAGAUGAAAUUUUGUCUAAUGUAAAUUCCCUGUACAAGAAGGAGAACGUGAAGCUGUUGGUGGUUGGGGUUGGCGCAGCAAGUAUGCCCAAGUUGAGACUACUGGGGGGAUGCCACAAGACGGAGGGAGAUUGCCCCUUCGCAAUAAAGACCGAAUGGGACAGUCUCAAAGAUAUAUCACAAGGGAUGGUGGACAAGAUAUGCAACACCGAUACGGAGAUAAACCCACCACCACCACCACCACCUUCCUCAGGAGGGGCCGAAGUGGCCACUCCAUCAUGCACCGGUGACGAAUGCUUCUGUAGAGACUACUUCGACUUGACAUUCAUAGGGGCCCCCUCCACAAAGAAGAACAGCAGGAGGAAGGAUGAGCUUACCAAAUAUGUUACUAAAAUUGUUAACACAUUUAACGUGGGUGAGAAGCACGUGCAUGUCUCUCUUUCUCUUCACUUGGGCGCGAAGACGGUGAACACCGACUUUGACAGUGCGGUGGCGAGGGACAAGAAGGAACUACUCAGCGCGUUGGAAGUCAUGUCGACGGAGUGGGCGAACUUGGGAAGAAAAACGAACAUUGCGGAGGCUUUAACAGUGGGGUUGAAGCAGUCGUUUUCGACUGGGCAUAGGGAAGACGCCCCCAAGGUGGCGCUGCUGCUGACCGAUAGUAACAACGAUGUGUCUGAGGAGGGGAUGCUGCAAAGCGUGUCCAAGCAGUACGCAGAUAGGAAGGUUAAACUGUUGGUCGUGGGAAUUGGGAAGCUGCCCGAGGAGUUACUAUUCAUCGCGGCGGGAUGUGCCUUGAGUGGUAGCGGAGGUGAUCCUCCUCGUUACGGUCAGACUUGCCCCACUGUCUUCAUCUCUUCUCGAUUUUCGUACAUAAACAGUGUGGAGAAGUUUUUAGGCAGGAACGUAUGUGAUGGUGGUGGUGGCGGUGAUGGCGGCGCGCAGCAGGUUGAGCCUCCUCUGCCCCCUCCAAGUCUCCCCUGCCAGGAUGACGAAUCGUGCACCGAAUGCGACGACGAUGCAUGCAAUAAUGACCCCACCUGUAAAAAAAUUUUCGACAUAGCAAUAGUGAUAGAUCAAUCGCGCGGCAUCACGAAUGACCAGUGGAAGAAGUACGUGAGGCCCUUCUCCACUUACGUCAUCAAGUCGAAUUACUUGGCCAAAAAUAGGACCCAUGUGACGCUGGUGAAGAUGGGGAGGACAGCAAAGGUGCUAUGGAAAUUGGGAAGAAAAGCUAGCUAUAGGAAAAACCAAAUGAUUAAGAAGGUGAACAGGAUGGUCAAAACGUCCACGAGCAGGAAAGACAUCGCCAGGAAUUUGAAACACCUACGAGAAGAGGUGUUCACCAAGAAGACCUCCUCCUCCUCUUCUUCUUCUCCCGCCCCCGACAGAAGGAAGAAGCUCAUCAUUAUGUUAGUGGAGGGAACGUCCCACACCGACCUGAAUGAGCUGCGCAGAGAAGUAGCGCUGCUCAAAGUGAAUAACAUUGACCUGUUUGUUUAUGCCAUAGAUAACGUUGACGAUGAGGAGUAUAGAAUACUUGGGGAUUGUGAAAACGCCUCAUCCGGGGUUUGCAAAAACGCAGUGAAGGUCACCUGGGACAAGUUACUAUCCUCUGAGGAGAUACAUAGCAGCUACAUAUGCAACCAGUACCCUGCAGAUGCCGAAUGUGCCGAGUGGGGUGACUGGAGCCCAUGUCCAGAUAGCAGCACCUCCUCCACGUGCAACAACUUGGCCGUUAGCAAAAGGGAGAGAAAGGGACCGCCAUAUACCUUGAAGGAGGAGGAAUACCUAGACGACGGCCGCCACAUGCAUGGAAGCUCGUGUACAGACUUGAGCUCCAUCGAGUACAGAGCCUGCCCCGUUACGGAGGAGUGCAACGAUGUUUGCGGCGAUUUUGGCGAGUGGAGCCAGUGCAGCGCGAGUUGCGGUGACGGCAUAAGGACGAGGCAACGCGCGGGUGCAGCGGGAAGAGGGGACGCCCCACUGGCAGCCUCCUUCCAAGACGACCAAGCCGAUUCGUGCCAGCUGUUCAACGCGACCGAGGUCGAAGCGUGCAAUGUCCAAGACUGUGACGAUGCAGAAAUAUGCGAGGAAGUCGGGGAGUGGGGCGAGUGGUCCGCAUGUUCCAAGGCGUGCGGAUACUCCACGAGAAGCAGGACGUUCGUCAUUCUGCCGGAGGACAUGGACGAGUACGCGCACUGCUCGACGUUCGAAAAGUCCGAAACGGAGGUGUGCUCGGUUCCUGCGUGUGAAGAUGAGAAGUGCUUCGAGUGGGAGGAGUGGACCGAGUGGUCGGCGCCCUGCGGGCCCCGGAAGAGGGCGCACGAGUGCGAAGCUUACUACCAGAACAAAGUCGAGCGUGAUGACGGAUCUAACGGCGUCCCUUGCACGGACAACCCCUGCGGCAGCUGGUCCGAAUGGUCCGAGUGCGACCGCAAGUGCAACGUCGGAAUGAGGAUGAGGCGGUUCAUUUCGAACGUGACUGGCUUUGUAGGAGAUGAUGAGGAUUUAUGCUUGGAGUACCACAACGAGAUAGAGACGGAGCCUUGUCUGGACCUGCCCCUUUGCGAUGAGGGGGAGUGCAACGACUGGGAGACGUGGGUUGGGUGCGGCGAGGAGGAGCACCCGGGAUUGCGCCCCGCAACGUCGCCCCGGGGAGCCUCCACAUCAUGCCAUGCCUCGCCGAGGAGAAGAAUCCUCACGAGAAAACCAGAGCUGCUGCAACACAGAAAAGAGAGCACGUCGAAGUUUUGCAGCGACUACAAGUUAUUCAGAGAAGAAGAGUGCCCCGUGUUGGGCGGAGCCACCCCGUGCAACGACGCGCUGUGUAACGAGUGGGAAGACUGGGGAGAGUGUUCCCCCACGUGCGGAACGGAAUCGUAUAGAGUUAGGAGGCGAAAGGAGCCCCUGGAGCUGAUCCCCCCAUCGGAGGACAUGGACGGCAAGAUGGGUCUGACCUGUGAGCAGCAGAAUGUAAGGAUAGAGGAGCGCGAGGCCUGCAGCGUGCCGGCGUGCGCGCCGCCCUCGGGAGGAGGCGGAAGUGGUAGCGGCAGUGGUAGCGGCAAUGGCAGCGACAGCGGCGGCAUGGGGACCGGGGAGAAGGUCUCGCUGGCCGCAGGCAUCCUCGGGCUCGCGGCGCUGGGCGUGGGGGGCAUGAUAUACGGCUACAACACCCUGAAUGGAGGGGAGGCCCCGCACAGCUCCAACAUGGAGUUCGAGAACGUGGAAACGGACGGGGCAGAGGUGGAGAAGUCGAAUGAAGACUUCGAGGUGAUUGACGCCAACGACCCCAUGUGGAACUGA